GCGGCCGGCCAUUAUAUAAAGCCCGUCUCCUUGGUGACGACGUGAAAGGCCUCCCUGGGAGCAACGCCGGUGAGGGGAAAGACGGCAGUCGCGGGAACCGCUUGGCAGGAGGAGACGCCGCUCCCCGCCCCGCUGCGCUGCCAGUUGUUGGGGGAAAAUGGUGCCAAGAACCGGCCUCUUCCUUCUGCUGGGCCUGUCUCUCGCGUCCUUGGGAGCCUGUGAUGGACCCCCGGCACUUUCUGUUCCUGAGGAGGUUUCACUGGAGAAUGGUGGCGUGAUGGACAUUGCGGUGACUUUGAGCACUCCGCUCAAUCAGACGCUGGUGAUCACGUUUAAUGUUACAUAUUCGUCCAGGGAAAAUGCCACCAUCGUCGAGCUGCCUGAUCAAGUAAUCGUAACGGCAGGCGUGAAGAAGGUGAGCUUCCUAGUGAGAGCAAAAGAAGUCGGGCAGCUGACUGUGUAUCUUCAGUCCAACUCAUCCAGCCAAACAGGGCCCAGAAUCCGCUUUCUCGUGAUCCACAGCAAUGCAGUGAGGAUCCUGGACCAGGUGAUUGGUUGGAUCUACUUUCUGGCUUGGUCAGUCUCCUUUUACCCUCAGCUGUUCGAGAACUGGAGACGGAAAAGCGUUGUGGGACUCAGUUUUGACUUCAUCGCCCUGAACCUUACUGGCUUCAUUGCCUACUCUGUUUUUAACGUUGGCCUCUUCUGGGUCAAACCUGUGAAGGAGCAGUUCCUGCGCUCCUAUCCCAAUGGCGUGAACCCGGUGGACAGCAAUGACGUCUUCUUCAGCCUCCACGCUGUCGCUGUGACUCUCCUCAUCAUCUUCCAGUGCCUGAUCUACGAGAAAGGGUCCCAGAAGGUCUCCUGGGUGGCCGUUGGCUUGCUUGUCUUUGCCUGGCUCUUUGUCUUCACCACCUUGUCCGUGGCCGCUGCCGGGAAGAUCACGUGGCUGGCCUUCCUCUUCUACUUCUCCUACAUCAAGCUGGGCGUCACCCUUGUCAAAUACUUCCCACAGGCUUACCUGAAUUUCCGCCGCAAGAGCACUGAGGGCUGGAGCAUCGGGAACGUUUUGCUGGACUUCACGGGUGGCACCUUCAGCCUCAUUCAGAUGUUCUUGCAGUCUUACAACAAUGAUGAAUGGCAGCUGCUUUUUGGGGACCCCACCAAGUUUGGUCUGGGCCUCUUCUCCAUCAUCUUUGACAUUGUGUUCAUCGUCCAGCAUUACUGCUUGUACCGUCCCCAAGAAUACGAGACUUUUGAGUAACCCGUCUGCCCUGGUGCGACGCCCCCUCUGCUUGCCUUUGCCAGCUGCGCUUCCUUGAGGUGGAUAACACUACAGAAAGCAGGCUUGGUUGUCUGAAAAGCACAGUGACUCCAACCUAUUCCUCACAUGGACGUCUUACUACAAACCUCAUUUUGCUGCUCCAAAUCGCCUUCCGGUGCCUUAAUAUCUUCUGAGACUACAGCACAACCCCUGGAAGAGGGAAAUCUCUUGGGGGCUUUUCAAGCAAGUGUUGUUCACAGCUGCUUCAGAAGUAAAGGAAGAUGGAGAGCGGCCUUUGGGGGGUACUUCCUCCUCUCCAGCUUGUGGGGCAUUAUCUUGCUAUCUAAAAUUCUGCAGCUGGCUGCAAGGAAGGAGAAAAGGGUCGUUCCUCUGAAGGAAUCUAUGCCACCACGCAAACUACUUAUAUACUUGAAGGUUAUUUGUGCCACAGAUGCAAGUCUUCCCUUGGGCUGGAGGAAGAGGAAGGAAAAGGGGUUCAUGGAGGUUGUUUGAGUCAACCUCUUCCUUCCCUUCCUAGCUUUGCUGUUGAGAUGAAGAACUGGUGAUCUGGCCCUUUUAAAACAAAAAAGCAAAAUAAAAGCAACUUUGUACAAGGGUGGUCGGACUCAAAACUCAUCCCGCAAAACCCGAAGCAGUGCGGUUGCGACUGAUCAAAGCAGCCUUUGGUUAGUCUCCAGCCGUGGGGCAGAGUGGCUUAUAUUGGGGAAGUGCUGUCACUCAGAGCGCAAAGCACUGCAUUCUCUUCACUGCAUCUCCAGGUCAGGAAGUGUAGGAAUGUUCCCAUACUGGAGAUGGGUGCACAGGGGAAACCCUCGAACUCGCUCCCACGGGAAACAGUGAUGGCCACCAAUUUGGUUUGCUUCAAAAGAGGAAUAGACAUAUUCAUGGGAGCCGAGGCCAUUGAUGGCGCUGCUCUGCCUCCACAGUCAGACGCAGCUAUGCUUCUGAAAAUCAGUUGCUGGAAACAGCAGCUGGGGAAGAGGGCUCAUGGGCCCAGGUCUUGCUUGCAUGUUUCCUAGAAGAGGCAUCUGGUUGGCUCCCGUGAGAACAGGAUGCUGGAUUAGAUGGGCCACUGGCCUCCUCCAGCAGGCCCUUCUCAUGUUCAUUGUGGUUGCCUAAAUUAGGAGUGGAAGGAAAUCAUUGGCCAUGCUGCUGCCUGUGGCUGCUAAGAGUUGGAGGGCAUCCACCGAGCCUGAAGGCUUAUAGGCCUUCCUAUUCUCCUACAGUGAGAACAAAGCAACACUUGUGGAACUGCUUCUUAAAAGUUGGCUCUUGUCCUCCAAGGCUUAACAUGUCAACGAAACAGUGACAGAAAUACACCCCAGACAGAAAAUCCAGUUUCCUUUUAUUGUGUAAAAUGAGAUGGAGCAGAGCUGUACGGUUGCUUGCUCCCCACCCUUACAAAAAAACGAAACAGUUGAACAUGCAUGCCCCACCCCACCCCGCCAAGGCUUCCUCACGGAAGUCUGCCAAAAGAGAGAAAGUCCCUAAACUACCUUGGCAUCAUCAAAGUACAAAAUGAAGUGAUUAAGAGGCAUCUAGUGGUAUUUGACAAGACUGGCAACUUCUUUUCAGCUUGAAGGUUAACAUCACUGAAGUAAAAUCAGCACAAAAGUGGAAUAGCAGUAAUAUACUGAAAUAAGUUAGAGGUACAAACUUUGCAGGGAGGGAGAAAGAAGGGCUUAUUUACAGUGGAUUUUUUAAAAAAAAGUAAUGUGGACCGUUACAUUUAAUACAAAAACUGUGAUUGGAAGCAAAUUCCAGAAAGGCCGUAUACAAAAUCAAUCAAAAUGGGUGUACUAGGAUACCCCGCAGGAACGGUGUGGCAGGGAGAUGCCUUCUGCCCUCUAAAAGAUCCAGACCGCUUGCCCUUUGGACAAACUUCACACAUGCAGCUAUUGCCUCAAGCAGGUAUGGGAAGACAGGAAUUCUGGGGGAGCAAUAGCCCUCCCAAAGCAUGAUUUAAGGCUU